ACGCGUGCCGUCGCCUUCUCAGCUGUGAUUACUGUGAAUCACGGCGCACGUGCUUACGCUCACGUAGAAUCAUGUGCGUGAUCGGAGGCAUUUCUUUCAACGGCGUAUCAUUUUUCGGCGAUAUACUCGCGGUUCUCUCAUUGCCACUCUACGGAUCUCGUCUAUGACGGCGUCCCGUGUUCGACGCGGACAUGGCAGAAGAAACGGACGGCUUGUGUUCCGCGUCGAAUGCGUGUCGCAAUCUCGUGCUUGUCGACGAGUCACGCGUUCACGCUCGCAUCUUCUGGCAAUGUGCAAGGCUAGCGUGGCUCUCGUUAAACCUGAAAACUGCGAGUCUCGCGCAAUACGAGAUUGUUCGCACGGAGAUUCAACGUAUUUUUACAGACAAUGAAACCGCGAAUAGACAAUAAACUGUACACGUCGACAUCUUAAACGCGAUGCGUCGAACAGGAAUGAACGUUUUAACAUUCGGAGCUUCGAUGUCGUCGAUUCGCUUAUAUAUACAUCUUGCAUUAAACGCAGUGAAACAUGAUGGCUGACUUUGAUAAAGAUUCUAUGCAGUGUUUGGUGUGUAAUACUAAAGUUGGGCUGUCUGCUAGAAACAGUAUACACAUCUUUGAUGAGUCUUAUACCAUAUCUAAGAAACCACUUGUGGAUGUUAUAUCAGCUAUUUUAGGCAUUGAUAUUGAUCAUGAUUCUGUGCAUUCUCCUAUCAUUUGCAAAAAGUGUUUUAAGCAGUUCAGUGAGGCAGAUGAACUUAAAAGUAAAGUAACGAAACUCAAAACAGAAUUAUGUAACAGCUAUAAAAAGACAAUUGAAAUUCAUAAGUUGUGUGAUAUAUUUCAAAAUGAAGAAUAUAACGAUCAUGAUUAUACAGAUAAUACAGAAAGUCAAAAUAUUUUAACAAAGGAGGAAAAUGUAGCAGAAGAGAUGAUGCAAGAAAAAAAAGAACAAGAAUUAUUUAUAGAACAAGAUAACUCUUUACAUUACUUCACAGAAGUUGAAGAAGAAGAUGAAACAAGUAAUUCAAAUGAUACAAAAAAAUCAAAGAAGAGUAAAAUUAAAGUAGAACAACCUCAAGAAGAUAUUGUAUUUAGAAAUGAAUCUUCAUACACCUGUUUGGUAUGUCCAAACGACGAACAGAAAUUCAUGGCAGAUGCUAAACUUAUUAUAACUCACAUGAAAGACGUACAUGACUUACGUUUGUAUAUUUGUGAUGUAUGUGGGCAGGAUUUCAGAAAGAGAAACGAACUUUCCACACAUCUUGAUGAUCACGUCGCAAAAGAGGAAGGGGACUUUCAAUGCGAAAUAUGUAAUAGAAUAUUUAGUAACUUGCGAUUAUUCCGUAUUCAUAAAAGAAUACAUUAUCCGCAAGUAAAAUCAUGGCCCUGUGAAACAUGUGGAAAGAGAUACAAUUCCAAAAAUUUAUUAGAGGAACAUAUAAACACACAUACUGGAGUUCGUCCAUACAUAUGUGAAAUCUGUGGUAAGGACUUCGCAUCCAAGUAUACGUACAAAGCGCACGUAAAAACGCACGAAGUACGACCUCGUCCAUUCGAGUGCACUCAAUGCAAUAAAACAUUUUUGAGCCAGCAAAAUUUGAAUCAGCAUGAACGAACACAUAAUGGCACAAAGGAAUUUAUAUGCCAUCAGUGUGGUAAGGCUUUUACUUCUGCACAUAAUUUAGAGGUACAUAAUAUAGUACAUACCGGAUUUAAACCCUAUGACUGUAGUAUAUGUGGUAAAUCGUUUGCGCGUAAAGCGGAAAUUCGUGAUCACGAGAGAACUCACACAGGUGAGAAACCUUAUCAGUGUGAGUUUUGUGGAGCUACAUUUAGUCAAAGAUCGAAUCUGCAAUCCCACAAGCGAGCGACGCAUUAUAAUGAUAAACGUUAUAAGUGUGACGAAUGUGGAAAAGGUUUUAAAAGAAAAAGAUUAUUGGAUUACCACAUAAAAGCGGCGCAUACCGGUGAAAGACCGUAUAAAUGUGACAUAUGUGCAGCUACAUUUGUCUACCCUGAGCACUUUAAGAAACAUACACGUAUACAUACAGGCGAAAAACCAUAUCUUUGCGAGGUUUGCGGUAAAGCAUUUAAUAGCAGAGAUAACAGAAACGCUCAUAGAUUUAUACAUAGCGAUAAAAAGCCAUAUGAAUGUUUGGUGUGUGGCAUGGGCUUCAUGAGAAAACCAUUACUUUACGCACACAUGCAAGUUCAGGGUCACUUGAAUGAUACCAUAGUAGUGAACCAACCACGACUGACAAUGGAAGAAGAGCAAGUAAUAACUAUUCCCAAUAAUAAUGAACUACUAAUGGACAAAGUUGAGAAUGAAGAGCUUGAUGAAACUGGAUUAUAUGUAACUGAACUAAAAGAUCACGUAAUUAUACAAGAAGGGGAAGAUCAAAUAUAUAAUGAAGAGGAUGUUGUAUUAAAUAUACCAGCAGAAGAAACCGUAACCGAUGAAGUAAAUCAUCUUGUUGAAGAUCAGAUAAAUUUUGUGGAGAGUGAAGUUACUGCAGACGACUGUAAAGUUGAAACUAAAGUAGAAACAGUAUACACCUAUAACGAGAAUGAAGAAGGCGAGACAAUAGUUGUACCAUCCGCUUCGCAAGAAGAAGACAAGAAUGUGCGAUUGGUGCAGAUUAGAUUUCCGACUUCUGUAGAUGGAGAAGGCAGAAGUUGGUUAAGCUUAGUACAAAAUACUUGAAUUAAUUAAUCAAUACGUUAUAUAAUUUACUAGGUACAGAAAGUAGGUGUAGACAACACAAAAUCUAAAAUCAGGACAUAAGACUGAUGAGCUUUCUACAAUAAACUGUUACCUAGGUUUUAAGUCUUAAGCCGUAAGAAAUUAAUCAAUUAUACUCUAUUAUUCUUUCCACAUUUGACUUUGAUUGGUCAAUUUCUUAAGGCUUAAGCUUAGAUAAUAGUUCAUUGUAGAAAGCCCAUGAGUAUUGUUAAAUAGGCCGAAUUUUUAGCGCAUACGUAAUAGUGAAACAGUGAAUACAACAAAUAUAGCAAAAAUAAGUGCGUAAAAGUGCAUUCACACCUUGACAGAAAAAUAGAAAGCAGAAAACAGCAAUCAAAACUCAUGUUGAUAGUAACGGAAAUAAAAAUAGUAAACUUACCCACAAGACGAAGUUCAACAGGUAAGUUUACUGCUAUUUAUAUUUCUAUUAGAUUACAUAGAUCUAAAGUAAUAUCCUAAUUGGUUCAUUGGCUUACGUCUUAUGGUUAUUGUUACGAAAUUUUGUUUGCGAUAGCCUUAAGCAAUAGAAAAUCGAAAUUAUCAAUUAUCAGCGCUAGCGAUCUGAUUAGCUGCAUUUUUCUGUCAAGAUGUGAACGCGUCCUGAGUCUUGGUGGGCUCGGCCCAGAACAAAAAUAAGUUAAUUUAUAAACAUAAUACUUAUAAAACUAUGCUGAAAUAUUAUCAGUAAUACUGAUUGUGUAAGCUUGUAAAAAUACUGAUAUAUACUAUUAGUAUUACAUUUAAUAUUACUAAUCAGUAUUAUGCGUCGUCUAUACAAUGCACGGAGUAAGAAGUAAGGGUCACUUUACGAAACGCCGAUUAGCUUAAUCGGUCGAUUAAUUCAUGGAAUUGGCCAAUCGCAUCUGCCAUCAAACGAAAUGAUAAAUGCGAUUGGUCAGUUCCAAUGGACUAAUCAGCCGAUUAAAGCCCAGUCACAACUCAUGAUUAACUUUUAACCGAGGUUUAAGGCCUCCUCAAUAGUCAUCACAGCCAUAUUGAAUCGUGAUGUUAGAAGCGAGAAAUGACACGUUAAUUUUUAUUACGUGCCAUUUAUAAAUAAAGAUAAUUUAGAUAAAACAAAAUGAUGAGAUUGCUUUAAAACAUUCGUAAAAAUGAACGAAAACUAUGCUUAUCCUCUCUGACAGUCAAUAAAUAAUCGUAAAAAGUGAAAGGCACAUGAAAUGCUUUUAUUCAAUGCACAUGCGUAGCUUAUUUUCACUUACACAUACCUUUUAUCAUUUUUUACUCAUGAGCCUUAACUUAAAAUAAGUUAAACCUCGAUUAAGAAUUAACCAUGAAUUGUGAAACUGAGCCUAAAAGUAAAAAAUUAACUAAUCACAGUCGAUUAUUUUUCUCACAUUCGGUUAUGAUUGGUCAAUUUCUUACUCUUACUUUUUAUUUCGUGUAUUGUGGCCGACGCAUUAUUGAUCAUGUAAAGAUUGCAUUAUGGAUACUUAUUCAUAUAUAUUAUUAAAACAUUCGGCGCGCAUGCGCUAAAAUUCCAGCGUCUAAUAACACUUGACACUUAACAUUUUAAGGACGGAAUCCAUAGACAUUGCUCAAGCUUCAAGAUGAUCUUAAGCUAAUAGUUGAGAUAAACCAAUCAGAAGACUGGUAUUCAUAGUCGGUUCUUAUUUCAAGACUAUAGUUCUUAUAGACUUAAGACUAUUACUUAAGUCUUAUUUCAUUUUAAACAUUCAUAUA